UUGGGUUAGACGUGUGCGCGCGGGUAAAUUAUAUUUCUUGGGGAGAGAUUUUUCAUCAUCUGUCAAGAAUGCUUUUAUGCUUGUAACGGUCGGAUACCCACAAUGUAAUUAUUUCGUAUACGCGUUCGGAGAGGACUAUUACGCAAAUAAUGUUUUGCGCUAAACUGAAGGAUCUUAAGAUUGCGGGCGAAUGCCCCUUUUCCAUGGUCGUGGGAAAUGAGGAACCCGCCGACUUUAAAGAAAGCAAUGCAGUAAAUGUUUUGCCAAUAUCCAGAGCGGUGCAGGGCAAUAUUGCAAACAUUCUACCCAGACGCAAAACAAGCCGGAGCAAAGUUAAUCUGCAUUCACUGGGCGAGAGCAUCCGAAAACUGGUGUGUCCGGAGUUCGAGAAAUUACGAAAUGCAAUGGUCAGAGUCAUGAAAGAGCAGUCAGAUGUCCCUUGCCCUAUAGUAUGCACUACUGCUGUAGAUCAGACGAUGGAGAAAUCUGAACAAUUAUCAGAUGUAUUGAAGAACUAUUCCCUUAAAACAGGUAUCCACAUGGACUCUCUCAGGAUUUCUCUAGGCACGGAGGUGUUUCGGGAUUGUUACGAAGAGGAUGGUCAUAUUCUGAGAGUAGUGGGGGGAGCGCUCCAUGAUUUUCUCAACAGCUUUAAUGUUCUCUUAAAGCAAAGCACACCGCCCACUCCUGAGGUACAGCGCUACAUCCACCAAGCCUCCAUCCUCUGUCUGGACAAAGAUCCAGGACUCCUGACUGUCUAUUACUUCAAUCCCCUCCCCACCACUGAGCUCUUCUUCCCGGGUAUUAUCCAGGCGGCAGCACAUUUUCUCUACUGCACUCGGGUGGAGGUCAGAAUGGAUGUUGGGGGUAAAGACAGUGGUGCUCUACAGGCCAAUCAUCAGCCUCAUCUGCUGUACUCUGUGGUGGUCAGAGAUGGCAGGAGCCUGACACCAAGCCCAAUGAGGACACAUUCGUCUGGAGACAUCCCCCUGUCGCUACUCUACUCCACUUUUCCCUUCCACAUACUUUUUGAUCAGGAAAUGUGCCUGAUGCAGAUUGGAGAUGGGUUGAGGAGGAGGCUGGGGCGUUGCAGAGAAGGUCAGAGGAGAUCUGCCUUCAACGAGCACUUUGCCAUUGUUUCACCUGAGAUACGCACCAGCUUCCAGGAUAUUUUGACCAUGCUUAACACACAGUUUGUGCUGCGUGUGAAACAGCCUGGGACGAGCUCUGCAGACAGUCUCGGAAAGCAUAUGGACCUGAAGGGACAGAUGAUCUUCAUGUCAGAGAUGAGUGCACUCCUCUUCCUCGGCUCUCCAUGUGUUGAUAAGCUAGAAGAGUUGACAGGACGGGGCCUCUACCUCUCUGACAUUCCCAUCCACAACGCACUAAGAGACGUUGUUCUGGUCGGGGAGCAGACCAAGGCCCAGGAUGGUUUAAAAAAGCGUCUGGGCAAAGCCAAAGCCGCUCUGGAACAGGCACAUCAGGCACUGGAAGAAGAAAAGAGGAGGACGGUAGACCUGCUCUUCACAAUAUUUCCAGGGAACGUCGCUCAGCAUCUCUGGCAGGGGCUUCCUGUGCAGGCGAAGAAGUUUAAUCACGUUACGGUGCUGUUUUCAGAUAUUGUGGGCUUUACUGCGAUCUGCUCACGAUGCACGCCCAUGCAGGUGGUAAAUAUGCUUAGUGAGCUGUACACUAGAUUUGACCACCACUGCGGAGAAUUGGAUGUGUAUAAGGUGGAAACCAUCGGCGACGCAUACUGUGUAGCUGGAGGGUUACACAAAGAGAGUCCGACCCACGCUGUCCAGAUUGCUCACAUGGCUCUAAAGAUGAUGGAGCUGUCUGAUGAGGUCACGACUCCCAUGGGGGAGGUCAUCAAGAUGCGUAUCGGACUCCACUCAGGCUCGGUCCUGGCUGGUGUGGUUGGUGUUAAAAUGCCCCGCUACUGCCUUUUUGGCAACAAUGUUACUUUAGCCAAUAAGUUUGAGUCUUGUAGCCUGCCCAGGCAGAUAAAUGUCAGUCCCACCACAUACAGAUUGUUAAAGGAUUGUCCAGAGUUCACCCUUAUUCCCCGGACGAGAGAGGAUCUUCCACCCAACUUUCCCGCCAACAUCCCUGGUGUUUGUUACUUCCUGCAAGCCUGUGAUCAAAGGAAAUGUCCUGCUUUUUAGAUGCUAUGUAGAGGAAGCUCAAUUCAGUGGAUGAAAUGUAAAUGAAUUAAUGCUGGAAACAGUGGGCUAAUGCUUGUCACUGUGUAUCUUUUAGUCGAGACAGAGGAAUAUUACCAUCCAAGUGUUUAAUGUUGUCAAACAAUCUAUCAAACAAUGUUCAUUCGAAAGGUUCUAAUGAGCCCAGAUUUUAUUCACAGUGGCAUUGUCUGGAUCUUGUGAGAUGUUAAAAGACUGAACCUCUGUUAUUCUGGUAAAAGUGAUUUAUUUCUAGACUUCCUAACAGCAUUCACAUUUGUAUCCAUAUUGAUUGAUGGUUUCUUUACAUUCUCAAUGUCAAGAGUGAUUUGUAGCGUAUAACGACAUUUAGUUCUAUUUUAAUAAUCUAACUAGAGCACUUGCACAUGGGUCAUGUCAUUGACAUUGUACUACACACUCAGUGGAGUAAGGUAGCAGAGCCUGCCACAAUUAU